AACAGCAGUAAGAGCAGUCUUCAAGGCUGGGGUCAGAUGAGUACAAGGCAGCAUUACAGGUGAUCAGACUGUCAGCAUUACUGUCAGACACACACAGAACCAGAGCACAGAGAGGAGGCUGAUGGGGAAACCAGAGUUUUAUAAAGGAAUGAUGCUGACCCUGCCUGACUGUGUUCUGGAUGUUGUCCUCAGGAAUGAUGCUGACCCUGCCUGGCUGUGUGUUCUGGAUGUUGUUCCCAGGAAUGAUGCUGACCCUGCCUGACUGUGUGUUCUGGAGGAUUCUCCUACUGCUCCACACAGCAAACUGCGUUACUCGUACAGUCAUUACUCCAGUUCAGCAAAUCACUGUUGUGGCUGGUGAAAGUCUAGUUCUGCCGUGCUACGUCAACCCCAGCGUCAGUGCUGAGGGCUGGACGGUGGAGUGGUUGAAACUCUCAGUAGACAGAGACCAACGCAACAUCCAUCUUUACAAAGACGGCAGAGAUGACAAUGAAAAUCAGAAUCCCUCCUUCAAGGCAAGAACAGCUCUGUUUAAAGAGGAACUGAAGACAGGCAACACCUCCUUGAAGCUGCUCUGGGUUAGAGGCACUGAUGAAGGAACUUACAAAUGUAUUGUUAUGUCACCUACCUCGAAAUGGUAUGAUGAUUCCAACAUUGAAGUCCAUGUUAAAGCUGUAGGAUCUCAUCCAGUGGUCUCUAUCGAGGGACACAGAGUGACAAGGAUGGGUCUGCUGUGUGAGACACAAGGCUGGUACCCUGAACCAGAGGUGGAGUGGCAGGACAGUGAAGGAGUCUCUCUCUCUGCUGAUCCUCCAGAGACGACCACAGACUCUGUGGGUCGCUACACACUCAAACUGAGGGUCACUGUUCAGAACACACAUAGAAACCGCUUUAACUGUAGAGUUAAACAGAAAUACAUGAAGAGAGAUGAGACGGCAAGGAUUGAUGUUCCUGGUGAGCUGUUCUAUCAAGAUCACUCUUGGAAAGUGCCCUUGGCUGUGGUGUUUGGUGUCUGUGCCUUAGCAUCAGCUGUAGCCAUCUGUGUCCUGGUGAAGAGACAUAGAGAUAAAGAGACGAUUUUCAAGGCCCAGAAAGUUCGGCUCCUUGUUAAGAAAUGUCAGCUCCUUCAUAAGAAAUUUCAGUUCAAGGAUGAGAUUGAUGCCUGUGAGCUCACACUGGACCCAAACACAGCACACAGAAAACUCUCUCUGUCUGAGGACAACAGAAAAGUGACAAGGACAGAGGAGCAGCCGUACCCUGAUGGCUCAGAGAGAUUUGAGGACCGUUACCAGGUGCUGUGUAAAGAGGGUCUGUCUGGGCGCUGUUACUGGGAGGCAGAGUGGAGUGGAGGACUGGUUUAUAUAGCAGUGACAUAUAAAGGAAUCAGUAGAAAAGGAAUGGGUGAUGACUGUGUGCUUGGAUCCAAUAACAAGUCCUGGAGUCUGGACUGUGAUAACAGUUACUCUGCCAGGCAUAAUAAAAAGAUCACUGACAUACCUGUCCCCCUCUCCAGCUCCCACAGAGUAGGAGUGUAUCUGGACCGGCCGGCCGGUACUCUUUCCUUCUACACAGUCUCCUCUGACACACUGACCCACCUGCACACAUUCCACAGCACAUUCACUGAGCCCCUCUAUCCUGGGUUCUGUGUUCAUCCUGACUCCUCAGUGUCCCUGUGUCAGGUAGAAUGGCCCACACACACUGUGCUCACAUAGAUGUCAUUGAAGAUUGAACCCUAUGCAGUACCGGUCGUGGCACAUCUGGCGCCGCCCCCCCCCCACCCCCCCGGGCCGCCCCCCCCCAAACGCAACACGAAGAUAUGACGUGGCGUGGUUGGCGUCUUCUGCUGGUUGUGCGGGAGGGUUCAUCAAUGGAGGCACUUGGGAAAAUGCCCCUUCUUCAUGACGCCCUAGGCAGCUGCCUAUGUCGCCUGUAGGAAGGACCGGCCCUGACUAUAUACAGUUGGAAUUGAUAUCCCAGUGUGUUUGUUAAUAUCGGUGUGUGUAGAAUAUUACGUUUUGUUUUCAUUGUUGACAAACAACAAUCCUGUCUCUGAUCUCAGUUCCACUGAAUGUGAUGAACUAAAUAGUGUCUUAGUGACUAAAUAAGGAAAAAUAA